ACAUUGGUCUCUGGAAGUACACGAGUGUGAUUUACAGAAUUACAGCACUAGAAUCAGAAAUGGAUUCAGUCUGAAUCGUUGGACAAAUAGACAUUGGACAUCUAUUGAAAAUAUUUUUGCUCAUUAUCAAUCUGAGUUAUAGCCAAUUACCUUCUGAGAUGAUGAUGAAAAAUCCUCCAAUGAGAAUGAGCGUCAGCAAUAUAGGUCCUGUUCCUGCCAUAUCUUGAAGUGAUCUGGAUGGUUGUGUGAGAACAAUCGCUGGCUGGUGUGCAUUGAGUCGCAUCAACGCGAUUCUACUUUACAUCCUCGGCAACACGAAUGAAACACAGACUAAUUAACUAAGCAGGUGAAUGUUUAACUAUGUGAAUGCUCCAUCACGCAACACCUCUGCCUUCCAAAUGAGUUCCCAUUAAUUUACAUACUUGCACAGUGUAACGCGAGAUCAUAUCAGCAACUUUGAACAUCAAUUCAAGUUCAGUGAAUUCAAACCAAACAAAUCAAGUCAACUUACGAUAUAAUAAAACGUCACAACAAAUACAUAAAGUAUUCAAAAUGAACUCUGCAGUUUAUCCAAAAAGUCUACACACCCCUGUUCAAAUGUUUUUGCGAUUACAAUAAUGAGACCACAUGGAAUCAUUUCAGAACAUAAUAAUGUGACCUUUCCUCUGUAAAACAAUUUUAAUAUUUUUUUGAGAGGGGACAUAUUUAUAACUAAAAUAAUGUGGUUGCAAAAGUGUGCACACCCUGUGAUCCGAAUUGACCAAUCAUAUUCAAACAUGUGGGAUGGGGUCAGUAUACACCUGCCACCAUUUAAAGUGCUUUUGAUAAACCCCAAAUGUUAGAGUAGGAUUUUUUUUUUUUUUUUUGGAGAAUUCAGGCUGAGUCACGCAAGUGCGAGGUUUGCAGAGGUGGACUAAACAUAUGCUGACAUGUGCCCUCUGCGUGGGAUCAUUCAUUGCCAACCACCCCGACCGACAGAGGGAAGAUCCCAUUGUGUGUAAAACUCAACAGCAACCACUUCUCCAGCAAGAGGAGACACAAGGAGCUCGAACUCGGAGACGUCAACAAACAAAAACAUGGCGGACGAGUGGAUCUCAAGAUGAAAAAGCUCGACAGCACAAAGUCUUUGCUAAUUAAAUCAGAACAGCUGCUUCGAAUCGAGGACCACGACUUUGCAAUGCGGCCGGGCUUCGGAGGUUCCGCCAUCCCCGUUGGCAUUGACGUCCAAGUCGAGAGCGUUGACAGCAUAAGUGAAGUAAACAUGGACUUCACCAUGACUCUGUACCUGAGGCAUUACUGGCAGGACGACCGACUGGCCUUCCCCUCCAGCAACAACAAGAGUCGAACCUUCGACGCACGUCUCGUGAAGAAGAUCUGGGUACCUGACGUGUUCUUCGUCCACUCCAAGCGCUCUUUCAUCCAUGACACAACCAUGGAGAAUAUCAUGCUGAGGGUUUUUCCUGAUGGCAACAUCCUCUACAGUGUCCGGAUAACUGUGACGGCACUUUGCUCAAUGGACUUCAGCAGCUUCCCUCUGGACACGCAAAACUGCUCUCUAGAGCUGGAAAGCUAUGCUUACAAUGAGAACGACCUCAUGCUCUAUUGGAAAAAUGGGAACGAUUCAUUAAGGACUGAUGAGAUUGUGCUCUCUCAGUUUUUUGUUGAAGACUUCCAGCCUUCCUUUGGGCUUGCCUUCUACAGCAGUACUGGUUGGUACAAUCGUCUCUACAUUAAUUUCCUUCUCAGGAGGCACAUCUUCUUCUUCAUGCUGCAGACGUAUUUUCCCACCAUGCUGAUGGUGAUGUUGUCCUGGGUGUCUUUUUGGAUUGACAGGAGGGCCGUGCCCGCCCGUGUCUCCUUGGGCAUCACCACCGUGUUGACCAUGUCCACCAUCAUCACCGGAGUGUCCUCCUCAAUGCCUCAGGUGUCUUACGUGAAAGCAGUGGACAUCUACUUGUGGUCCAGCUUCCUCUUUGUCUUUCUUUCCGUCAUCGAGUACGCGGCCGUCAACUAUUUCACCACAGUUGAGGAGAUGAAGAAGCUGAAGAGGGCACAGAUCCCAGCGUCCUACGACGCCACACAGGCAAUGGCUUUUGACGGCUGUUUCCAUGACAACGAUAUUGACCUGACUUCUUUCCCCGAGGCUUCCAGCACACCAAACACGGAGAGGAACACACAGUCACGAAACUCCACCGUGUCGGCUCCCACAGAGGGCACCAGGCUACGCCGCAGGAACCCUUUAAAACACAAUCUCAGUUUUAUAAUGAGCAACAGCUACAUGAUUGACUCCUACUCCAGAGUUUUAUUCCCUCUGGCCUACCUGCUCUUCAAUAUCAUUUACUGGAGUUUGUAUGCAUAGCAUACUUUCCUUGCAGAAAAAUAUGAAACUUUUUUUUUUAAGAUUCUCAUCACACAUUCCAAAAAGAUUUAAAUACAGUGACUCUGUCUGUUGUAAAAUUGUCUUUUCUUGCUUUACAGAGCCUUUGUAUCAGAUGAUUAUUUCACACUUGGGAUUGUAUUGUAUUGCUACGGAGUAAAAGGCAUAUUUAUUGUCUAAUAUCUGUUAAAAAAUAAAUAAACAUGUAGUGUUGUCAA